AUGCUUACUGGUUUAGGAAUUUCAAUUGGCAAUAUCAUUAGAAGAAUUCUUCGUCUUAUACGAGAGGAAUACAAAGGGUUUCCAUCCGAUUCGACACAGGAGACUCAAUCAAAUAUAGAACAUCCAAUGAUGGCAAUGAUGAUGACAGACAAGCCUUUAUUCUCGCCUUCGCCCUCAUUAGAGAUGCUUGGACACUGGCAUGCCGGCGAUUCCUCUAUGUUUAACUUGCUGGCAACUCCCACUCGCCAGGCAGGUACUGAAAUCGCGAAUCUCGAACGAUCGAGGCCCAUGCCUAUGACCAUAUUAACAAUGGGUACGUUAUCGCUGUUCUAUCCCUUUAGCGAUGUCAUUUUGACGAUUGGAAAAAGUCGGACUGUAAAUGAAUUUCUCGUCACCGCUUCAAAAAAGAAAACCUUCGAGGUCAUCGUUGUGGAGACAAACCUAUUGCGAGGAGAAAAAGUGGUGUCUCCAGAGUUGUUGAAAACAGGCAUUGACCUUACGGUAAUUAACCUUGCUUCUGUGGGAACGGUGAUUUCAAGGGUUACAAAAAUUUUGCUUGGGUGCCAUGCCAUUCUUGCUAAUGGGGGCCUGAUUGCCAUAUCUGGAUCCCAGCUUAUAGCUACAUCUGCCCUCUACAAUUCGAUCCCUGUGAUCGUGGUAUCUGGCAUCUAUAAGCUAUCCCCACUCUUCCCUUCCGAUAUUGACCUGCUGUCCUGCCCAGGAAAUCCUAGUCUCUUAUCAAAGUACGAAGACGAUAUCCUGAGCAACGUUACCACGAUAUCGCCCUAUUACGACUAUGUAGAUCCAUCUAUGGUUUCUCUUUUCUUGACUAAUGUGUAA